AGGGUCCGGGAGAGUCAGGCACAGUCCGGGAGGGUCCGGCAGAGUUCCGAAAAGUUCUAGACAGUUUGGGGAAGUCAGGGGGGGUCCACGAGGAUCCAGGAGAGUCCAGAAGAGUUCGGAAGAGUCCUUUAGAGUCCUUUAGAGUCCGGGAGGAGCUCCGGUGGGUCCAGGUCUCGGGAGAUUCUGGACGGACGGACGGAGAGCAGAGAAAAGGACCAGGUUCAUCUCCCCGCCGCCUGUCACAGGUUGUGCGCGGCCCCGCGGGUCGACGCGCCCGCGCAGAGAUGCAAGCCUCGCUGCUGACGCUCGUGCUCAUGGCGGCCGCCGCCGCCGCCGUCCAGGAGCCGGACCACAGCUACGGCUGCGCCCACGGCAGCUGCUACCCGGCGACCGGAGACCUGCUGGUGGGACGGGAGAAGAACCUGAAGGCCUCGUCCACCUGCGGGAUGAGGAGGAAGGAGCCCUACUGCAUCGUCAGCCACCUGCAGGAUGAGAAGAAGUGCUUCGACUGCGACUCCAGGCGACCGUACGACCCGGUGUACAACACCAUCAACCACCGGAUCGAGAACGUCAUCACCACCUUCAAACCCCACCGGAAGAAGUCGUGGUGGCAGUCGGAGAACGGGAAGUCAGACGUCUUCAUCCAGCUGGACCUGGAGGCGGAGUUUCAUUUCACUCACCUGAUCAUGACGUUCAAGACUUUCCGCCCGGCAGCCAUGCUGAUUGAACGCUCGGCCGACUUCGGCAGAACGUGGAACAUCUACCGUUAUUUCUCCCACGACUGCGCCGGGGCCUUUCCCGGAGUGUCCCAGGGUCCUCUGAGGAACAUCAACGACGUGAUCUGUGAGUCCCGGUACUCGGACAUCGAGCCUUCGACCGAGGGAGAGGUCAUCUACAGAGUGCUGGAUCCGGCCAUCAGGAUCAACGACCCCUACAGCCCCAACAUCCAAAACCAGCUGAAGAUCACCAACUUACGAGUGAACUUCACCAAGCUGCACACGCUGGGAGACAACCUGCUGGACCCCCGAGCCGAGAUCAAGGAGAAGUACUACUACGCCAUCUACGAGCUGGUGGUCCGCGGGAACUGCUUCUGCUACGGCCACGCCUCCGAGUGCGCCCCCAUCGCCGGCAUCAGGGACGACAUCGAGGGGAUGGUUCACGGCAGGUGUGUGUGCAACCACAACACCAAGGGCUUGAACUGUGAGCAGUGUGAGGACUUCUACAACGACCUGCCCUGGAGGCCGGCCAAGGGGCGGGACACCAACUCCUGCAAGAAGUGCGACUGUAACGGCCACUCCUCGCAGUGCCACUUCGACAUGGCGGUGUACCUGUCCACGGGGAACGUCAGCGGAGGGGUGUGUGACGACUGUCAGCACAACACCAUGGGCCGGAACUGUGAGGCGUGCCGACCGUUCUACUACAGAGACCCCUUCAAGGACGUCCGGGACCCGCACGCCUGCGUCGCCUGCGACUGCGACCCGGACGGCUCUCAGAGCGGCGGGAUGUGUGACGACCGCACCGAUCCGGCGCUGGGCCUGGUGGCGGGGCAGUGCCGCUGCAAGGCCCACGUGGAGGGAGCGCGCUGCGACCGCUGCCGGACCGGCUUCUUCGGCCUGAGCGCCGACAACCCGCAGGGCUGCCAGCCCUGCCGCUGUGACCCCAGGGGGACGGUGACCGGCAGCUCCCAGUGCGACCCCGUCAGUGGAGACUGCUUCUGCAAGCGUCUGGUCACCGGGCGGAGCUGUGACCAGUGUCUGCCGGAGCACUGGGCGCUCAGCCACGACCUGAACGGCUGCAGAGGCUGCGACUGCGACGUCGGAGGAGCCCUGGACAACCAGUGCUCCAUGGAGAGCGGACAGUGUCACUGCCGCAGCCACAUGCACGGGCGCCAGUGCACCCAGGUGGAGUCUGGGUACUUCUUCAUGGCUCUGGAUCACUUCCUGUAUGAGGCCGAGUCGGCUCAGCUGGGUCAGGGCUGCAGUGUGGAGACCCGGGAGCAGGUGCCGGGCCGCCCUGCGUCCUGGACCGGGGUGGGUUUCUCGCGGGUUCUGGAGGGCGGCGCCCUGGAGUUCCUGAUCGGCAACGUGCCGUACUCCAUGGAGUACGACCUGCUGCUGCGCUACGAGUCGCAGAUGCCCCGGGACUGGGAGGAGGUGCGGGUGACGGUGGUGCGGCCGGGGCCCAUCCCCACCAGCAGCCCCUGUGGGAACACCAUCCCGGCGGACGACCGGCUGACGGUGUCUCUGCCCGCCGGAGCCAGGUUCGUGGUGCUCCCUCAGCCCGUGUGCCUGGAGAGGGCCGUGACCUACACCCUGCGCCUGGAGUUCAGCCGCUACCAGGACGCCAACAGCGUCCUCAACGGAGCCGCCAACGCCGUCCUGCUGGUCGACUCUAUCGCGCUCAUGCCUCGCCACUCCUCCAUGGAGAUCUUCAACGCCGGGGAUCCGGCCUCCAACAGCAGGAAGCAGACGUACGAGCGGUACCGCUGCCACGACGGGGCCAAGAGCGUGGCCCGGCCGCAGAUGAGCGACACCUGCGCCAAGCUCAUCGCCAGCAUGUCGGCCAUCAUCAACGACGGCGCGCUGCAGUGCAGCUGCGACCCCCAGGGCUCCGUCAGCUCGCUGUGCGAUGUGCGGGGGGGUCAGUGUCGCUGCAGGAACAACGUGAUUGGCCGGCGCUGUGACCAGUGCGCUCCGGGAACGUACGGCUUCGGCCCGUCCGGCUGCGUGGCCUGCGGCUGCAGCCUGGAGGGCUCGGCGUCCCGGCUGUGCGACCACGCCAGCGGGCAGUGCCAGUGCCGCCCCGGGGCGUUCGGCCAGCGCUGCGACGGCUGCCAGGGCGGCCACUGGGGCUUCCCCAGCUGCCGGCCCUGCCAGUGCAACGGCCACGCCGAGCGGUGCGACCAGAGGACCGGCGCCUGCAUCGGCUGCAGGGACAACACCGGGGGCGACAAGUGUGACCGGUGUGCCGAUGGUUACUAUGGUAACCCCAUGUUGGGCACGGUGUCCGGCGGGCAGUGCCGUCCGUGCCCCUGCCCCGAGGGACCCAACAGCGGACGCCACUUCGCUGCAUCCUGUUACCAGGACAACCGGAACAGGCAGAUCGUCUGCAACUGCAACCAGGGCUACACAGGGAUUGUUAAACGCUCCGGGGCGACCAUUUUUAAGCGUGCCAGGUGUGAGGAAUGCGCCCCAGGUUACUAUGGAAACCCGUCCCAGCCGGGCGGGCGCUGCCAGCCGUGCCAGUGCAACAACAACAUCGACAUGUCGGACAUGGACGCCUGCGACCGGCAGACCGGGGAGUGCAGGAAAUGCCUUUACAACACCGAGGGCCCCGGAUGCGGCACCUGCAGGAGCGGCUACUUCGGAGACGCCUCCAGACGCAACUGCAGGAAGUGCACGUGCAACUUCCUGGGCACGGACCGCAGCCAGUGCCUGGAGCGGGAGGACUGCGUGUGCCAGCGCUCCUCCGGCCAGUGCCAGUGCCUGCCCAACGUGGUGGGCCUGACCUGCGACCACUGCGCCCCCAACCACUGGAACCUGGCCGGCGGCAGGGGCUGCCAGGCCUGCGGCUGCGACCCCAACAACUCGGUCACGUCGUCCUGUAACGAGUUCAGCGGGCAGUGCCAGUGUCGUGACGGCUUCGGAGGGAAGACCUGCACAGACUGCCAGGAGAACUACUGGGGAGACCCCCGGACGCAGUGCAGAGCCUGCGACUGUGACUGGCGCGGGAUCGAGACGUCUCAGUGCGACCGGGUGACCGGCCACUGCGUCUGCCAGCAGGGGGUGUCGGGCGUGCGCUGCGAUCAGUGCGCCAGAGGCUUCUCCGGCCAGUUCCCCCACUGCCAGCCCUGCCACCAGUGCUUCGGGGACUGGGACCGCAUCGUGCAGGACCUGGCCGUGCGAACCAAGACCCUGGCAGAGCGGGCCCAUGAGAUCCAGACCACCGGGCUCACUGGACCCUACGAGAAGGCCUUCAGAGACCUGGAGGAGAAACUGGCUCAGGCUCAGGGGAUCGUCAACGCCCGCAAUGCUACCGCUACCGCCGUCGCUACGCUAAUGGAGCUCAUUGAAGAUCUGAGAACCCAGAUUGGAGAAACCACAGACAACCUGAACCGUCUGGAGGGAGACUUAACUAUCGUCCAGGACAGCAACUCUGAGGCCAGCAAGGAGCUGAGCGCUCUGGAGAGAGAGGCCAAAGAGCUGAACCUCACCUCAGAGCAGCUCCACCAGCAGCUGGACGUCCUCAAGAACUCCAACUUCCUGGGGGCUUACGACAGCAUCCGGAGCUCCUACAACCGGUCUGGAGACGCAGAGAGGCGGGCCAACGAGUCGACCGUCACCCGGCCCAGCACGGUCAGCCAGUCCGCCGACACCCGCCGCCGCACGGAGCGCCUCAUCGCCGCCAAGAAGGACGACUUCAACCGCAAGAACGCCGCCAACAAGCGAGCCCUGGGAGACCUGAGCACCAGAGCUCAGGGUCUGGACAUGAAGAAGAUCAACGAGAAGGUCUGCGGCGCCCCGGGUGAUGCCCCCUGUGGAGAGAGCCCCUGCGGCGGCGCCGGUUGCCGUGACGACGAAGGAAACCGUCACUGCGGAGGGCUGAACUGCAACGGCGCCGUGGCGAUGGCGGACUCCGCGCUGGAGAAGGCCAAACACGCAGAGAAGGAGCUGAGCAAAGCCAUGGGGGAGGUGGAGGGACUGUUCACCAAGGUGGCGGAGGCCAAGACCAAGGCGGAGGAGGCCAAAGGUAAAGCCCAGGCGGCUCUGGAUAAAGCCACCGCCACCAGGAACAAGGUGGAGCGCUCCAACAACGACCUGAGAGACCUCAUCAAGCAGAUCCGGGAGUUCCUGACCCAGGAGGGAGCCGACCCGGACAGCAUCGAGGCGGUGGCCAACCGCGUGCUGGAGCUCUCCAUCCCGGCGUCGCCGCUGCAGAUCCGACACCUGGCCGACGAGAUCAAGGAUCGGGUCCGCAGCCUCUCCAACGUGGACGCCAUCCUGCAGCAGACGCAGGACGACGUCCACCGGGCGGAGCGGCUGCUGCUGGACGCCAAGAGGGCCAGGCACCGUGCCGAGGGGGUGAGGACCACGGCCGAGACCGUCAAACAGGCCCUGGUGGACGCAAAGACGGCUCAGACGUCUGCGGAGAAAGCCAUCGCCAAGGCCAAGGCCGACAUCGGGGAGACGGAGAACCGACUGGCAGAGAUCGAAUCGGAGACGUCCAACAGCGAGAAGGAGCUGAGUGACGCCAUGGGCCGCCUCGACACUCUAGGGCGCGAGAUCAACGCCUUGAAGACCAAACGGGCCAACAACAGCAUGGCGGCGGCCCGCGCCGAGGAGACCGCCACCAUGGCGCGAGACAAGGCCAACGAGGCCAAGCAGAUCCUGGACGGACAGCUGACGGACAAAUACCACGAGGUGCAGCAGCGGGUCGACACCAAGGCCAGGGCCGUGCAGGACGCCAAGAAGAAGGCCGAGAGUCUGAGGGACGAAGCCAAGGACCUGCUGAGAGACGCUCAGGACAAGCUGCAGAGGCUGGCAGAGCUGGAGAAGAGCUACGAGGAGAACCAGAGGAGGCUGGAGGGCAAGGCUCGACAGCUGGACGGCCUGGAGGACAAGAUGAGAGGAAUCCUCAACGACAUCAACAAACAGAUCCAGAUCUACAACACCUGCCAGUAGCUCCGCCCACGCAGAGCUCCACCCUCCGCCCCGCCGCUCUCUACAGGCGGAGAGCUCCCCCCUCCACCCCAUCACUCUCUACAGGCGGAGAGCUCCCCCCUCCACCCCAUCACUCUCUACAGGCGGAGAGCUCCCCCCUCCACCCCAUCACUCUCUACAGGCGGAGAGCUCCCCCCUCCGCCCCGUCGCUCUCUACAGGCGGAGAGCUGUGUGUGAAUGGGUUUGCUGUCACAUAACCGUGUAAAUGAGUUGGAUUCCACUGGUUGUAUUUAACGUUUAUCUUAUGCACGUCAUUUUCUUGCGUUUAUUUGGAAAAGAAUCCAGAAUGUGUGUGUUUGAAUCUGCGUUUCAGGUCUUUUAAAACAGAAAACUGAAGUCAAAACUGCACAGAUGUGGAAGAAGGAGACAUCGUCCAGACAAAGCAGAGCAGGUUUCUUCAAGUGAUGUUUGAAUACGAACAUUUCAGUGACGGAGGUGGCUGUGUGAUGUGCCUGCACCCUUUUUAAAAGCUUUAGUGUGUUUUCUGUGUUGUGUAAGGACUGUGUGUGUGUUAACGUGUUGAUGAGCAGUGGAAGCCGAGGCAGCUUCACCUUGAGCUCUCAUUUCUGUUCAAACAAGCCAAAGCAGCUCCUGAACCAAAGAAGCAGGCUGAUGGAGGAGUGUGUUCUCCACUGCACCGCUGCGAGGAGUGUGUGUGACCGGCCGCCAGCUGCCAGGAGUGUGUGUGACCGGCCGCCAGCUGCCAGGAGUGUGUGUGACCGGCCGCCAGCUGCCAAACCAGACCUGUACAGCUUUACUCCACACUCUGUGA